AUGAAUGCUUCCAUUGGAAACAGAGAGAGGAAGAGCAGCAUGGGGCGUAUUUCCAUUAAACAUAAACUGAUUCGCUCCUUGGGCGAAGUCGCCUUGGUUCUGCCAUUCCUUGUGGCAGGGUUAUGGUUUGCCGUUACCCAACCGUUAUGGCAAAGCGAUAAGAUAACCGUAUCCAGCAGCAUUUCCCCCGAACGCUUGCAAGCACACGUGCGUAAACUUUCCGCCGAAUUGCCGCCCCGCACUUUCCCCGACAAUCUGGAUGCUUCCGCCGCCUACAUCCGCGAACAAUGGGCAGCAUUCGGUAAGGUACAAGACCUGCCGUUUGCCGUGGAUGGUGAAACUUACCACAACCUAUCCAUUACCUUUGGCUCUGAAACGCCAACUCGCAUCGUGAUAGGGGCACAUUACGAUGCUUACGAUGAGUUGCCAGGAGCAGAUGAUAACGCCAGUGGUAUUGCCGGAUUAUUGGAGUUAGCACGAUUAUUAAGUCAAGUGCCUCUCACCCAACAGGUGGAGUUGGUCGCCUUUACACUGGAAGAACCGCCGUAUUUCAGGACAGCCAACAUGGGCAGCGCAGUUCACGCCAAAAAGCUGCUCGAAAAUGGGGAUAAGGUGGAAUUAAUGAUCGCUCUGGAAAUGAUCGGCUACUAUGAUGACACACCGCACAGCCAAGAUUUUCCGCUGCCAUUGAUGGAAUAUGCCUAUUCCAACCGGGGCAAUUUCAUCGCGGUAGUUGGCAACCUGUCAAGCAUGGGAAUUGUGCGUGACACCAAAGCCAGUAUGCGCCGCGUGAUGGCAAUGCCUGUGUACUCCAUCAAUGCCCCAUGGCUAAUUCCGGGCAUCGAUUUUUCGGAUCACCUCAACUUCUGGCAGCAAGGAUUCCCCGCAUUGAUGAUAACGGAUACCGCAUUCUACCGUAAUCAUGCCUACCACCACCGCGAAGAUACAUGGGAACGCUUGGAUUACACCAAGAUGGCGGAAGUAGUAACCGGAGUGUUCGCGGUAAUACUCGACCGGGCAAGUGCGGUAAAACCAUGA